AUGAAAUGCGUUGCGCUCAUUUUUGUGUGCAUCGCUUUUCACGUCCAGCAGGGAGUGGGACCAUUGCGCGUUAAACGCAGGGGCGUCUCUUCUUGCCCGUCGUUCGUCCUACACCCACGAAAAACAAACGGGGGACACACCAACCGAAUAAACAAAGGUCAUAACUACAAGACCUUCUUAUGGGGGUACCCCAUUUAUGAUGAUUCACCCUUUAAAUUGAGGAGGCCAAAAAUAUACCCCAACUUUGAAUAUGGCGAGCUCAGGAAGUCACAAGAUUUCGAUUACGUCAUAAGUACAAACAUUGCACAGAAGAACUACAAAAUCCCCGAUGUUGGCUACCUGUACAAUGUGGAAGAAAUGGGCACAGGCAGAACUGAUGACGUCCACACGCCCAUCGACAUGGUGUUUGGAGAGCGGGACGUCGACCCAAAUGAAGUGGAAAAAAUUAAAGCCGUUCUCAACAUCUUUGACCAGGGAAAUGGGAUGGGCAUAUGCACCUUAAUGGGCGCGAAGCGGGGGCACUUUGCCUUCAAGUACAACGGCUAUUUAAGCCACUUUCACGGAGUUAAAAAUUAUUUAAGGUUCCUGAUUAACAAGCACUACCCUGGGGCCAAGGUUACCCUAAUUAGCGAGCACUGGAUUGACGCGAUCGACGAGUCUGUGUGUGUCAGGCAUAGCAACAUCCCCUUUUCCAAAAUAGGACACCAAAGACGACUGGUCUUUAACAAGUACGAUUAUAUUUAUGAAAAUGAUAAGAACAGGAGAAUAUAUAAAGCGGAAAACCGAAGCAACGUAUGGGCCUUCCAUGACGACCCGCAAAUGUUGACCUAG